AUUGAACUCUUCAGUUUUUACUAGUCAGACACCAUCGCCAUACUGAAAUGGUUGUUUAAAAAGGACGGGCUCACUGAGUUUUUCAGUCAGAGUUCACAUGGACCUGAAUGACAUCAGAGGAGGCAGGUUAGAUGUGAUUACGGAAGAAUCUGAGCACCAGGAUUUAAGCAGAGAGUCGACCACUAUGGAUACACACAAUGUGGGUUUAGAAAGAGGAGGAAGGAGCUUUCAGAGGUUCUCAGUCAACACCAAUGAGUCCCUUCGUUUUGAUCCAUGUGAGGACAGCUCUCCAUCUCCCACUGAGGCAGAGGAUGGACAUGAUGAUGAUGAUGAUGAUGUGUUUAAGAAGGGAGACAAUGAGAGCGACACCAGCUGGAUCAGGAAUUGCUUGCAGGAGAAGGUUGCUGAGAUGGAGAACUUUGCUGGUCACCUGGAGGAAAUCUUUCUCACUGUGGAGGAGAAUUUUGGCCGUCAGGAGCAGCACUUGGAGCAGCACUACAACGAUGUGCUGCAGACAUUGUCUCAGCGAUAUGACGAGAGGGGCGCUGGACUGGAAGAGGAGAAGAAGAGUAAGUUGGAGUCCCUGUACAAUCAGCUGCUGGCCUGUGGUCAUGCAAUGGAUGCCUCCAAGGAGCUGAUUGAGACAGCGCAGGAGACCUAUCGCUGCCAUGACAAGAGGCUUUUCCUAAAGACAGUUAUGCCCAUCAUUAAAAGAACUGAGGCGUUUGCCAAAGAAGAGGUUGAGCUCACAUUGUCUACAAAUCUGGAAUUUAAAACACCAUUUGCUGAUCUUUCGGGUGUCAAAACCAUGAUGGACUCCAUCAAUGCUGUUCCAGCUCCAUCUGCCCCAGUAAUCAACCCACAGAUGCCCAACUCGGCCACCCAGACGUCUUUGCGCGUGUGCUGGAGCCUGUUUUCCGAUGACACGGUGGAGUAUUACGAGCUUUACUACAGACCAGUACUGGAGGACUCGCCAGCUGACGGCACGUGUACACCACAUGAGAGCAAGGUAAAGGUGAAGGAGACCCACUGCACUGUGACAGAUCUGCUGCCUAACGCCCAGUACGAGCUCUGGGUAACGGCCACGAACACCACAGGCAUCAGCCCGGCCAGCGAGAAGGCUUUAUACAUGACAGUGCCAUCGCCUCCUGUGAUCAAGCAGAAAGAGUGCACUAGCUGUCCAGAAGCUGCACUGAUCCGCUGGGAGUCGGGUAACACCAAUCCUGUAGAUUCUUACACUGUGGAACUCAGCGGGACGGAUACUGAUGACACACAGAGCGGUAUCACUGAGUCCAUAGUCGCGGUGCCCACCUGUCAGUGUCUCAUCCAGCUGCAGAAGGGACGACGCUAUCACAUCUCUGUGAGAGCAGUCAACAUCGGCGGGCCCAGUGACAAGAGUGACAUGAUUAGUGUCUCCACAAAAGGUUCAUUCUUUUAUCUCCUGGAGGACACAGCUCAUCCUUGCUUGUCCAUAUCUGAAGAUGGUUUCACUAUAUUUUAUGGAGAUGAGGAACUGCCAAUAAGCGCGAUGGCUUUAGAUGACAACGCUUUUACCAGAUGUGUGGCCAUCCUGGGGGAUCUGAUUCCAGUUCGGGGCCAGCAUUACUGGGAAGUUGAGGUGGACGAAGGGCUGGAGUUUCGGAUUGGAGUCGCGUAUGAGGACACUGAGAGGGACUCGUACCUCGGGGCCAACAGUACUUCCUGGUGCAUGAGACAUAUGCUCAGUUCAUCCAGGCACAAAUAUGAGUUUCUGCACAAUGGCUGGAGUCCAGACUUGAGGAUUACAGUGCACCCAGUGCGGAUCGGAGUGGCACUUGACUAUGACAGAGGGACUCUGUCUUUCUUCAAUGUACAUCUGGAACAACAUCUGCACACCUUCUACUGUCAAUUUAGAAAUUAUGUCCACCCCUGUUUUAGUUUGGACAACCCAGGAGCCCUUACUGUACACAACGGCAUAGAGGCUCCUGAAUUCACAUUCAUCUAACAAAACCACAACAUGCAACAAAAACGAAACAAUAUUAGUGCUUUUCAUAGUCAAGGAGUUGAGUGGCAUCCUGUAAAUUAAAAAAAAAGAAACUUACUUGAACACCGAACUUCACAAAAUAAGACUAAUUUUCUUGUGUUUUUAUUAUAUUUAUUCCAUGGGAACAGGCAUACACCAUUUUCCAAGAUAAGAAAAGGGUUCACUGAAUUUUACAUUAUGUAUUUAAACCCAUCUGUAACUGCAGCCAACCAGGUGUGGAAAUCCAAAUGGGAAAUUAUAAAUUGUUUUUUGACUAACAAAAGAUGAGUUGGAGAAAAAAAAUAAAAUAAAAAUAAUUAUAAACAAGAAAAAAAAACAUUUGUAGUUAAUAUACAUUUGUAAUCACUUGAUAAAAAGGAAAAGUCCAUCCUCCAUAUUUCCGGACUCAAGAUUGCCACUAAUGAAGUGGAAACUUUUUGUAGACCGAUUUAUUUAAUAGCUAUUUUUAGCCAUUUAUUUCAAAAUAUUGGAAGGUAUUAACGCAGCGAAAAUAAAAAAAAAAAAGGAGAGAGGAUUUUCAUAGGAGGGGAAUAAUGUAAUGAAAUCCUCAAAGGCUUGAAGCAUCAGUCAUCCGUGACCUCAGUGGCUGAGAAUCCACGCAAUGAGAACACAAUGUGUGUGUGUGUUUCUAAAAUGCCUGUUAUGCUAUUUGGCAGGUAUAUUUGUAUAUUUUCAUUAUCUUUAAAAAGGUGGACAUCAAUGUAAAUAUGUUCACCUUUGACUAAAAGCAACUCAUGUGUGAUGGAUUGCACAAAAUUAAAUCUACAGCAAAAGCAAAGCCUAGAAAAGGGGACAUGAAAUUAUAACUGUUUCCUUAAGACAACAGCAAAGCACCAAAGUCUGGUUAUUAUAAUUGAAACCAAUUUUAUUUUGGCAUCCAGACAUGGUGCUAGGGACUGGUACUGUACAUUAAUGUCUUUUAAAGACUGGUACCCUGACACUGAAUUAAACUAAUAGUUUAAGUCCUAAAAUGGACCUAAGUAAGUAAAGUUGUGACAGAAUUUUGUACAGAAGUACUCCAUAGAGAUACAUGGAGAUAUGAAAACCAGACCUGCUUGCAGGGAAAUAUAUAUUUAUUCCCUGUUAAGGAGAGUGAGUGGAACGUGAAAACACGUGUGUAGUCCAAACAGAAUGUAUGGAAAUAUAAGGGUAGACUUUUCCUUUUCCGUUAAGUUUGAGAAUUGUGUUGACAUACUGAGUGUAGGCUUCAGGUCUGUGGAUAUCCUGGGUCAGUGGGCAUGGGGCGGGCAGAGGUUAUGAGUUCUCUGUCUUACUGCAGCGUGUUCUCUCCUCCUCGUCAUCGGAGGAAUCUCCUCCAUAAGGCACCAGUCCCGAGGUAUCAUCAUUCAAUUUAGUCUUCUUCACGCAAACUUCUUCUUGAACACCUGUAAGGGAAGAAUAAAAAUAGAGACAAAGAAAAAGGAGAAAGACAAGAGAAAAAGAGAAGGGAAGAGAGACAGGGAGAGAGAACAAAACAAAAAGGAAACCCAUUCAGGAGCCCCAUAUAAGCGGCGGUUUUUUGAGUUCGUUUGAUCCAGAGCCAGGGAAGGGGAAGAUAUCAAAUCAAACGGCAGCAGAGCACACAUCCAUAACAGGAACGUCCGGGGCACAUGUUGAGAGAGAAAAACAAGGGAAAGACAAAAAACAUAUACAAGAAGAGCAUGUUAGUGAGUUCCACCAAUGGAGAGAUUCACACAGGUCUCCACUCCUCCCCAAUUGCUCCAUGGGGGGAGAUGCUACUUCAUGCACUAGACAACGCCACAGAAGAAACGUCAGAGUACUCAGACUCUCAAAAUGUUUGUAAAUGAAGAAUCACAUACCCAUUGAUGCGGUGCUUCUGGGCAGACUAGCUGGAUCUUCUGUUACUGCCUCUUUCGUCCUCUUGCGUGCGACAGGUCCAGGAGCCACAAAGACAGGUGGUGGUGGAGGCAUCAGAAUGCUGAGAGGAAAGACAACGUUAGUACCCUCAUAGCACAUGGUUCAUUUGGGAGAACACUCGAGAGAAGCAAAAAAGAUGCAUCAUCAGACCUAUCAACUACUUCCUCCUCUUCAGCACUUGAAUCAGGAAGGGCGGACUCCAGAUGAGUGGGACCUUCCGGAGAGCCGCUGGUAGGCUAGAAAGAAACAUUUCUUGUGACUUUUAAAACUUAAACUGGUGAAAAGGCUAAUCUCAAAAGGAAGAGUAAUUUAAGCAGGGGAAAACGAUAGGAAAUGAUCAGGGUUGGAUAUUUUAAGUACUUAUUGUCAGUUGUGCUUGCAGUAAGAAAACCAUUAUUUAAAGAAUGGUUUCUGAAAACUUAAAAAAAAAAAACAGACAAUUUACAACUAUUUUUCCAGAGGGGGAAGUAAAGGUAACAAUUUGCUCAAGUGUUUGUUGAGAUUUGGCAGAUUGUGUUUUACACCUUUAAAAGAAAAACGUUUUUUUUUUUUCUAAAAAUGUAUGUGUGAAACACCUAUUUGCAGUGGGAUUGUAUGUGUAAUUUAGAAAAAAUGUAAAAUGGAAGAAAAUAAAAAUUCUCUGGUUUAUUUAAGAC